AUGCUCUCAAACUUUCUUUCGGGCUUCAUUGCCACCCUCGUGGCUGGCUCUGUCAACAAAGGAGCUACCGCGGCUUCCUGCAGCUCUAAUUUGAUAAUCGAUAAUUUCUCCCAAUGGUCAGCCAAUAACCUCAAUAAUCUUGGUCAAUAUACUAGUGGUAUGGAUGGAUACUCUGCAUCUCGUAGUACACCGAUACUAACAUCACUAGACGAUGGGACCAUGGAUUCAAUAUCUGCUGCCUCUGGCUCCCUGACGUUUACACCCAACGAGAACUCCUACUUCUACGAGGGUCUAACUUGUCAACCGGCAACUACCAAUGGAUUUGGGGCAAUUUCGUUCGACAUCCAGGGCCCAGCUGGAGGAUCAGUUUUUCUUGAGAUUCAGACUGCAGAGUCAUGCUCAGUGUCAGCAUAUACCAGCUACUACUACUCAGUCACCGGCCUCACCGGAACUAGCCAGACUAUUUCUGUGCCUCUCAAUUCAUUCGCUGGCGCAAAUCUAAACGCCAUCACCGGAUUCGUGUGGUUUGGGUUUUCAGAAACCAACGUCACCUGGCAAAUGAGUGAUAUCGAACUCGCCUGCGGUGCGACUUCGCCAAUCACGACCAGCGCGACUUCACCCAUCUCCUCGACUUCCACUGGCCCCUCCGCAACUACGAAGAAUGCCGCCAUUACGACUACUUCAGCCACUCGCACCAGUUUGCCGUCAUCCUCAACCUGCAGCGAUUUACUUGUCGAUGAUUGGGAGUCGCAGUCUCGCCUGACAUUCCUGUAUUACAAUGCCAUGCUGGAGCCAUCAAGCGAUGAUGGAACAAUGUCUUCAAUCGUAGUCAGCCAAGAUAACCACGUCACGUUGACACCAAAGAACACCGACUCGUACUUCUACAGUAUGACGACUUGCGUCAAUGCUGAGAACAUUUACGGCGGUAUCUCGCUGCCCAUCAACGCCCCUGCAGGCACAACUUUUGGCAUCCAGCUGAGCUCUCCAACCAACUGUGGUGAUGCUGAGGACACUGCCAACAUUUACCAGACGACUACCGAGCUCGGUUGGACAUUCGAUGGCACGGAGCAGCUAUACAAUAUCCCGUUCGCCAAGUUCUCAGGUCUUGAUGUGACCAAAGUACAUACUAUAUUCUUCUCGGCUUUCAGCAACACUGUUACUUUUGGCCCAAUGGCUUUCUACUGCGGCAACGUCCCCUCUGAAUAUACCGUUCCAGCCACGACUGCCCCAGCCGGGCCUACUUCCACCGUGCCCGCUCCCUCAGGAACUGCGACCACUCUUGUUGUUGACGACUUCUCAUCUGAUGGUGCCAAUGCGUUGGGAUUCUGGCAUGGUGCAGAUGAAGGCAUGUCGCUUACUUGGGGAAACAAACAGCUGACGUUGAAGUCGGAUGAUGCAGAUUACGCAUUCUACACCCAAGUCUCGGGAAGUUGCAGCGAUCUCACCAGCUAUAGCGGCUCGUAUUUGCACAUUGCUUACAGCGGGAGCAACAAGUUCACGGUUGCACUUCAGCAGCACAACGCCCAAUGCGAUGAUGCUGUCGCUCCCUACCCAGAAACCUGGGACUCUAUUGAAGCAGCGCGCUACUCAUCAGUCAGCGACAUUUACAUCCCCAUGUCGCAUUUCAACAUCAACCAAACUAGGGUUGUUGGCAUUGCCUUGAAAGGCUUCUACACAACCGACUCGACAGUCUUAUCCAAAGUUGAGAUCGUAUCGUCUAUCCCAUCAGGAUUCACAAUCCCGUCGAAACUUCCUAGCGGAAACCUGGUAUUUGCCUGCAAGCGGCCCAACUCCUUUGCUUUUGCCAUCGACGACGGAGACCCGACCCUGGCUCAGCAAGUCAUGCAGAUCGUGAAGGAAGAGGACAUCAAAGUGACGUUCUUCACUGUCGGCGCACCGCUUGAGGACAGUAGCACGAACCUGACCAACGUCUACAACGAGAUGAUGUCAGCCGGCCACCAGAUCGCCCUUCACUCCUUCACUCACCCCAAGAUGGAGGGCCUGCCUUCCUACGAGGCCAUUGAUUGGGAGUACAACAACGAUAUCGCUGCUGUCUCCAAGUCAUUCAACGGUUUACACACUCCGUACUUCCGGCCUCCCUUCGGCACGGAGGGCUCGCGUAUGAGGCAGCGUCUAGCUGUGACUCUCGACACCGACUCUCCGUACAUUGUGAACUGGAGUGUCGAUGUCGAAGACUGGUUAUGGGCGCAAUCUGAUACUCCCGAAAAGCAGCUUGACGCCUUCAAACGUGAUAUAGGAAAGGGAGGCAACCUGGUUGUAAUGCAUUACUUGUACCCGAGCACCGUUGGGUACUUGAAGCAAUUUAUUCAGCUUGCCAAGGCUACCGGCAAGCAGCUCAUGCGGGUCGAUCAAUGUAUGGAGGACCCGAAUGCACCUGCCUUGUAG